CUGCUGUAAAACACCAAAGACGAAGAAGAAGAAGAAGAAGAAGAAGAAAUCUACAAUAAGGGGACACAUGAUGGCCAAGGUGGUGAAGGUAGUGGCUGUGCCCGUGGUGCUGGGAUUUGCUUCUCUGCGCAUCACUCACAGCAUGAGUGAGGAUAAGCCGGAAGUGCCGCUCUCACCUCAGCAGAGUGCUUGUGUGUCGGUUAAAGUAACAGCCGUGAACCUCUACUACGGUGGCGCAGACGUGUACCACUUCCUUAAGGACCCUCCGCCUGGAGUCGUGCCUAGGAUUUCUGUAAUUGCAGUGUCUGGCCUCGCUGGUAUGAUUCUUGCAAGAAAAGGGUCGUACCUAAAGAGACUGGGACUACCGUUGAGUUUGGCCUCUGCUGGAUUUGCCCUGUGUUACCCUGUACAGACUAUAGCCAUGCUCAAGGUAAGUGGAAAGAAGAUGCAUGCAGCCUCACAGUGGACAACCUCUACCGUUGCAUCUCUGCGGAAACAGGACACACUUCCAGCUGUGCCUGUCGAAGAAAAACUCUCCUCGGCAUCAUCUCUAACUGCUGAGAGCCAACCGGAGAUGCCAUGUUUACAGCUCUCAGGAGUGCUCCAAACUCCCACAGCUGUCCCAGAGACGCAGGAGUGUGAAGCAGAUCUCGACGUAAUGGACUUUGGACAGUCUUACCCAGAAGACGCUGACCUUUACAGCACACGCAGCUGAACAGAGCACGUGCAAAGCGGAUCAUUCAUUCAUUCAUUCACGCUCUACUCAAAUCUGCUUUAGGAACUCGUGUCUUUCCUAGCUGAGUUCCUGGUGGGUUGGCCGUUCUGACCCCGGACCGUUCACGAUGCCUGCUGUGAGGUACUCUGUAUCCCCUGUCACGCGUCUAGCGUAUCUGCACCACAUAGAUCUAGCAGUUGGACACUCCAAUUUGCUGAGUCAGCGUGCUACUUGUUGGGUGCUGGCUGCUUCAUUUUAAGUGUUGUCCUUUUGUGUCAAAGGGCUCGGUAUCAUUGUGUAUGGUACUGCUGAGAGUGGGAGUGCAUGGGUGAGGUGUCCUUGUUUGGCAGGUUCCACUUGGGUGGAGUAAACAUGCCUGCAGCCGUACAUUGGGAGACAAUCAUUAUCUUUUGCUGUAGAUGUAUAUGAGUUCUCCAUAAAGAAGGAGACAAAGUGUGAGCACUUUGGGCACGAGUUCAAGAGACUUUUUAGUACGUAUUGGCAUGUUGUACAUGUCUACCGAAUUUCAUACAUGUACCCCUUUCAGAUGUACAUUUCCACCAGUUCUGACACGUCUGCAAAGUUUUGUGAGUUUUUGGGUAUGUUUAGGCCCUCUAAAAUGUGAUUCAUUUGAGAAAAUAAUAAUAAUAAUAAUAAUAAAUGGAGCAGAUCCAGUAGAGCCUCGCACCAUCGUUACUCGGCCCUAAUAAUAAACGGAGCAGAUCCAGUAGGGCCUCGCACCAUCGGUACUCUGGCCCUAAUGAUAAACGGAGCAGAUCCAGUAGAGCCUCGCACCAUCGGUACUCGGCCCUAAUAAUAAACGGAGCAGAUCCAGUAGGGCCUCGCACCAUCAUUAUUCAGGCCCUAAUGAUAAACGGAGCAGAUCCAGUAGGGCCUCGCACCAUCGGUACUCAGGCCCUAAUGGUAAACGGAGCAGAUCCAGUAGGGCCUCGCACCAUCGUUACUCAGGCCCUAAUGGUAAACGGAGCAGAUCCAGUAGGGCCUCGCACCAUCGUUACUCAGGCCCUAAUGGUAAACGGAGCAGAUCCAGUAGGGCCUCGCACCAUCGUUACUCAGGGCCUAAUGAUAAACGGAGCAGAUCCAGUAGGGCCUCGCACCAUCAGUACUCUGGCCCUAAUGAUAAACGGAGCAGAUCCAGUAGGGCCUCGCACCAUCGGUACUCAGGCCCUAAUGAUAAACGGAGCAGAUCCAGUAGAGCCUCGCACCAUCGGUACUCGGCCCUAAUAAUAAACGGAGCAGAUCCAGUAGAGCCUCGCACCAUCGGUACUCGGCCCUAAUAAUAAACGGAGCAGAUCCAGUAGGGCCUCGCACCAUCGGUACUCAGGCCCUAAUAAUAAACGGAGCAGAUCCAGUAGAGCCUCGCACCAUCGGUACUCGGCCCUAAUAAUAAACGGAGCAGAUCCAGUAGGGCCUCGCACCAUCAUUAUUCAGGCCCUAAUGAUAAACGGAGCAGAUCCAGUAGAGCCUCGCACCAUCAGUACUCUGGCCCUAAUGAUAAACGGAGCAGAUCCAGUAGGGCCUCGCACCAUCGGUACUCAGGCCCUAAUGGUAAACGGAGCAAAUCCAGUAGGGCCUCGCACCAUCGGUACUCGGGCCUUAAUGAUAAACGGAGCAGAUCCAGUAGGGCCUCGCACCAUCA